AUACCUUGCAAACACACACACAUAUAUAUAUAUACACACAUAUACAUAUAGAGAGAGAGAAAGGAGGGAGAGAGAGACAGCUAGCUCAUUCAGAUCGAUCCAUCGAAGAAAUAGAAAGCGUUGAAAUUAAUUGAGAGAUUAAUUCAAUGGCGUAUAAUUGGUGGGCUUUGGCGUUGGCGGUGGUGACGGCGGCGGCGGCGGUGGCGGAGGGGCAGAAUGACUGCGCGGCGCAGCUGGUGCCGUGCGCGGCGUACCUGAACUCGUCGAACCCGUCGGCGGAAUGCUGCGGCGCCAUAAGGCAGGUGGUGUCGACGCAGCUGCCGUGCCUCUGCAACCUCGUCAACCACCCGGAGCUCGUCCCCGGCGUCGACCUCGCCCAGGCCCUCAAGCUCCCCCAACACUGCAACAUCUCCUCCGACACCAGCGCCUGCCGAUCUCCAGCUCCAGAUUCCUCAGCAGGAUUGCCUCCUCCAGCAACUAGAGGUGGAGGAGAUGGCAAUGGUGGAAUUAGGGUUUCAUCUUGGAUGGGAAUGCCAGCAGCUUUUUUAUUUAUUUUGGGUGUCACAUUUCUCUAUUAGGUGACCCCACCCCACCCCACCCCACCCUACUUGGGGUAGUCAUCAUUUGCAUAUUUAUCUUACAUAUAUAUAUAUAUAUUGAGAUUUGAGGACAUCAUCGAUUUUAUUGUAUGAAUUCUUUAUUGUAAUCGAUUCAUGCUUUCAUAAUAAUUACUUAUUUUUUCUAUUUA